GUCAAUUCAUAUCGAGUUGGCACACUCAUCCUGUUCGCUCCUCUCUUGCAGUAGGACAUGAUGUCAUCCACCCGUUCCGGUUACUUGACCAGUCUGAAUCAUGCUGCCGCGCGGAUUACAUAGAAUUCGCCGCUGAGGAUUAGAUGUCCACGACCAAAUGUAUAUGCUAUACCCUUCCAUAAUCAGACGGAAGCCUCGUGGUUCUGAGUAUGUAGGGGCUCACACGUGCGUUGCAUGCCCAAAGCUCCCUCUCCUCCAUCACCUUGUCCGCAGUCGAUCAUGUCGGUGCAGCAAAAGGCUGAAGCUCUCAGGAAAAAGAUCGAUGACCUCCUUGUGGCGGGAGUUGACAUUGCGGUCCCAAUUCUCAAGAUCGUCAAUGCUACGGCUGAUUGGUGUCCCGCUCUAAAGAUGGCGACUGGCGGUGCACUCUCCAUCCUCGACGAAGUUAAAAAAUUCAAGGACAACAAGAAGGAAUGGACUGAUUUUGGGAAAUACGUGGUCGACACCGUGGCCGAUGUGGUUUCAGCCAUAAAAUCCUAUGAUGCGUCGGCGGAAGAGGCAAAGCCGUGGGUGGAGAGUAUCACAAAGCUCGAUAGGGCGCUACAGACGAUUAAGUCCGAAAUCGAACGACGACUGAAAAAAGUAGAGAAACGACCGGCUGUCCUGAAUGUUUUGUCCUACUUGAGAGACCCAGGAAGAAUCGAUGGUUUAAAGAAAGGCUUUGACAAAGCAUUGGCGUCGUUUCAGCUUAGGACGAAUCUAAUCAGUGGUUCCAAAUUAGCGGCCAUAGAACGUCGUCUACAAGAUGACAAAAUCCUUGAUAGUCUCCGAUACCCUGAUAUCGCCCACGAUGAUUUCACUCAGGCGUGCCUAAAAGGAACUAGGAUUGAUCUCACGGAGCGUAUCAUGACAUGGUGUCGCAACACUGGGGAGAGUGAGAAACGGCUAAUGCUACUCACUGCUGUGGCUGGUGCCGGCAAGACUUCUAUUGCACUCACGAUAGCAGAACGAUGUGCUAGUGAAGGGGACAUUACGCUGUUACUGCACUUCUUCUUCAAAGCGGGAGAACGGUCGCGGCCCGAUUUUCUAUUCAGCGGCAUAGCUCGGACUCUAGCAGACUAUGACCCGGUUUACCGCACUUCUAUCAUCUCCGCUCUCCGAGAAGACCCUUCCCUUUCAACAGCCCUACUCGCAAAGCAAUUCGAGAAUUUGGUGGCUCUGCCUCUCCUCCAUAAGCCUCCACCUCCCGACCGUCCCAUGGUGGUUAUCAUCGAUGCUUUAGAUGAAUGUGACAAAGAAGUGUUCGAGUCCUUUGCCGAUGUUCUUCGGGAGGAAGUGCCUAGGCUACCAUCUUCCAUAAAAUUCUUUAUCACAUCACGACAUACCGAUCUUGUUAAACGCGCCCUCUCACCCCAAUUCCCUAUCGGUCACCUUGCUAUUGACCUUUUGGAUGACAUAAAUGUGCAAGACUGUGCUACAUAUAUACGUUUCGAGCUGCAAAAGCUGAAGAAUUGGCAUCCCGAUUUACGGCGCAAUCUUCAGGAUGAGGAUAAAACAGUUCGGGAGAUCUUGGAACGUGCGAGUGGCUUGUUUGUUUGGAUCAGCACCAUCUUUCGCUACAUGAAGACAGCCAACAGGGAUCCCAUGAGGACGUUAGAAGGCUUGCUCGAUACUGGUGCCAAACGAUUAAAGGUCCCUGCCGAGGGAAUGAUGGACCGCUUAUACACGAGCAUUCUGAAGAAGUGUGAUUGGGAGGAUGAAGAUUUUUCCCAUGACUACCCAAUUGUGAUGGGAGCAAUCUUUGUCGCACAGCAGCCUCUGUCCAUCACAGCCUGGGAUACAAUUUUGUCACCUUUCCUCAAGUCUCCUGUUCGAUAUUCGUUGGCUGAACUUGCUCCUCUGCUCUCAGGAGUUGAGGAUUUUCACAUUCCUGUUCGCAUCUUACACCAAUCUUUCCGCGACUUCAUUGUCGAUCGGAUUGUUCCCCCAUCAAUCAGCCCUCAUUGCAUCCCAGUAGAUGUAGGGACAGAGAAUGCCAGAGUUGCCCUGCGAUGUACUGAGAUUCUGAACGAGGCUCUUUGCUCUGUAAAGGGUUUAGGGCUGAUUGAGAACUUGUCCAAAAAAGACGAGCUGCCGCUCAUUCCCUCGGAGCAGUUAUCCGAGCACUCUCAUUAUGCAUGUCGCCAUAUUGUCCAUCAUCUCAGUGGAGUCCAGGAACCAUCAGAGGAGCUGGAUGGGUUAGUUGGCAUGUUUCUCAGUCAGCAAGCAACUCGCUGGGUGGAAGCCUGUGUGAGGAUGGAGGGGUACAUUAGUAUCUCAUUACUCCCUGAGUGGGUUAAGUUGGCUGUUGGUUGCAGGUCAAAAGGUGCUGUGUGCACUUUGGCCAGUAUGCUUGUCCGGCUCGUCCAGAAUUUGAAGUUUUUUGCAAGAUUUCAGGAGGCAUAUGAGGCAGCAAACGAUUCUGUUGAACUCUGCCGUUACCUUCUUUUGGUGGACUCGGGGUCCUACUCCCUGGAUUUGGCCAAGUCACUUGGGGCUCUUUCUUCGGCCCUUUCCACACUCGGACGGCACUCGGAGGCGUUCCCAUUUAUUGAAGAAAGCGUCAAACUCCAGCGCCAACUGGUUGCUGUUCACCCAGGAUCAUACACCCCGGGUUUGGCCGCCUCACUUAACAAUCUAUGUUUUGCUCUUUCCAAGCUCGGACGGCACUCGGAGGCGCUCCCAUUCAUCGAAGAAGGUGUCAACCUCUGCCGCCAGCUAGUUGCUGUUCACCCAGGAUCAUACACCUCCGAUUUGGCCGUCUCGCUCAUCAAUCUGUAUGACGCUCUUUCCAAACUCAGACGGCACUCGGAGGCACUCCCAUUCAUUGAAGAAAGUGUCUACCUCUACCGCCAGCUAGUCGCAGUUCAUCCAGGAUUAUAUACCCCGAUUUUGGCCGCAUCACUCGACCAUCUGCGUGGUGCUCUUUCCUAUCUUGGACGGCACUCGGAGGCACUCCCAUUCAUUGAAGAAAGUGUCAACCUCUACCGCCAGCUGGUUGCUGUUCACCCAAGAUCAUACACCCCAAGUUUGGCCGGCUCACUCAACAAUCUAUAUUCUGCUCUUUCCAAACUCGGACAGCACUCGGAGGCGCUCCCAUUCAUCGAAGAAAGCGUCAACCUCUACCGCCAUCUGGUUGCUGUUCACCCCGGAUCAUACACCCCAGAUUUGGCCACGUCACUCAGCAAUCUAAAUGAUGCUCUUUCUAAUCUCGGACGGCACUCGGAGGCGCUCCCAUUCAUCGAAGAAAGCGUCAAACUCCGGCGCCAGCUAGUUGCAGUUCAUCCAGGGUCAUACACCCCAGGUUUGGCCCUGUCACUCAACAAUCUAUAUUUUGCUCUUUCCGAACUCGGACAGCACUCAGAGGCACUCCCAUUCAUCGAAGAAAGCGUCAAACUCCGGCGCCAACUGGUUGCUGUUCACCCGGGAUCAUACACCCCGGAUUUGGCCAGCUCACUCAACAAUCUACAUGCCGCUCUUUUCAAACUCGGACGGCACUCGGAGGCACUCCCAUUCAUCGAAGAAAGUGUCAAACUCCGGCGCCAACUGGUUGCUGUUCACCCGGGAUCAUACACCCCGGAUUUGGCCACGUCACUCAAUGACCUAUAUUUUGCUCUUUCCAGUCUCGGACGGCACUCGGAGGCGCUCCCAUUCAUCGAAGAAAGUGUCAGCCUUUCCCGCCAGCUGGUUGCUGUUCAUCCGGGAUCAUACACCCCAGAUUUGGCCAGAUCACUUGACAAUCUGCGUGGCGCUCUUUCCCAUCUCGGACGGCACACAGAGGCGCUCCCAUUCAUCGAAGAAAGCGUCGAACUCCGGCGCCAGCUAGUCGCAGUUCAUCCAGGAUCAUACACCCCGGAUUUGGCCACGUCACUCAACAAUCUAUAUCUUGCUCUUUCCAAUCUCGGACGGCACUCGGAGGCGCUCUCAUUCAUCGAAGAAAGCGUCAAACUCAAGCGCCGGCUGGUUGCUGUUCACCCAGGAUCAUACACUCCAGAUUUGGCCACGUCACUUACCAAUCUACAUGCCGCUCUUUUCGAACUCGGACGGCACUCGGAGGCGCUCCCAUUUAUUAAAGAAAGCGUCAACCUCUUCCGCCAGCUGGUUGCUGUUCACCCGGGAUCAUACACCCCGGAUUUGGCCACGUCACUCAACAAUCUAUAUUAUGCUCUUUCCAGUCCCAGAUGGCACUCAGAGGCGCUCCCAGUCAUCGAAGAAAGCGUCAAACUCCGGCGCCAGCUAGUCGCAGUCCAUCCGGGAUCAUACACACCGGAUUUGGCCUCAUCACUUGAUAAUCUGCGUGGCGCUCUUUCUCGUCUCGGACGGCAUUCGGAGGCGCUCCCAUUCGUCGAAGAAAGCGUCAACCUCUACCGCCAGCUGGUUGCUGUUCACCCAGGAUCAUACACCCCAGAUUUGGCCAUGUCACUCAACAACUUAUAUUUUGCUCUUUCCAAUCUCGGACGGCACUCGGAGGCCCUCCCAUUCAUCGAAGAAGCUGUGAAACUCCGGCGCCAGCUGGUUGAGAUCAACCCAGGAGCAUACACCUCACAAUUGGCCAAUUCACUCGGGAAUCUUCGCAAUGCUCAUUCCGAGCUUGGACGUCAUUCUGAGGCAUAGAUGGUCCACAGUUGAGCCACCCCAAGUUCCGUGGUCCCUCUCAUCCCCCUUGUCAUUGCGUUUCUUUGCUACCUGCUCAUCGAGAAAACUAGCAAUCCUACCUCAUAUUUUUUUUAUUGGACAAAGUAAUUAUAGCCGCUAAACCCAUAAUCGCAACUUAUAAUCCCAAUAUGAAGGAUACUCAUUUCUUUUAUCCAACACGUUUCCCUUUCCGUCGCUCAUCACCGAUGUAC